GAUAAAAGAAAUUCAAAUAUUCAGCCUGGAAACGGGGAGUGUCCACCACUUCGAGGCUGCUCGCUUCAGGCGGCGGAGUAGACACUUCCCGCCCUCCCGCUCCCCCCCCCGCAGGCAAAAACGGACAGGCGGCUAGGAGGCCGCGCUACAACUCAAGACAGAAAAGGACCCCGCGCUAAGUAGGCGUCGUUAAGGAAGGCCGAGAAAUGGAGUUCCUGGGGGGAUGUUACGAACAGAUUCUAUUCGGAUUCUCCAUACAACCGGCCGAGAACUGGGCAGUUGUUCCAGAUUUUACUCAUCAUGCACACAGUGCUUCGCUAUCAGCAGUAGCUGUGAAUGAAAGAUAUGUAGUCACUGGGAGCAAGGAUGAAACUAUACAAAUCUAUGACAUGAAAAAGAAGGUAGAACAUGGAGCAUUGGUACACCAUAAUGGCACUGUAACAUGCUUGGAAUUCUAUGGGAAUGCUCAUCUAUUGAGUGGAGCUGAAGACGGUCUCAUAUGUAUUUGGAAUACAAAAAAAUGGGAAUGCUUGAAGUCAAUUAAUGCUCACAAGGGCCAUGUGACAUCUCUUUCUAUUCAUCCUUCUGGAAAGUUGGCUUUAUCAGUAGGAACAGACAGAACAUUAAGAACAUGGAACCUUGUAGAAGGAAGAUCUGCAUUCAUAAAAAACAUAAAACAAAAUGCUCAUCUUGUUAAAUGGUCACCAAGUGGUGAGAUAUACGUGGUGGCUAUAGCUAACAAAGUUGAUAUAUAUGAGCUGGAAACGGCUUCUAUCACUGGUACCAUUGCUACAGAAAAGAGGAUAUCUUCAAUAAAGUUUAUCACUGAUUCCAUACUUGCUAUUGCAGGAGAUGAAGAAUUCAUACGAUUAUUUGAUUGUGAAUCUCAAAAAUGCCUUUGUGAAUUUAAAGCUCAUGAAAUUAGAAUCAAAGCACUGUACAAUUUCAAAGUGGAAGACUUACAUAUUCUAGUAACAGCAUCAAGUGAUGGUUACAUUAAGGCAUGGAAUCUGGAUAUUGAUAAGAUUGAGAAUGCCCCAUCACUGCUAUGUGAAGUCAAUACCAAAGCCAGGCUUACCUGCUUAGCAGUAUGGCUCAAAAAAGAUUUUGAAACAGGGCAGAUCCCCGAUGAAGCCACACCAUCUUCAUCUCAGGUACAUGAAGCAGAGCAGCUGCCACUUAAAAAAAAGAAAAUUUGUUGGACCCAUAGUAAUAAAUCUUCAGAGGGAAAUGGCCAGAAAGCCGCUCUAAAAAGAAAAUCAGGAAAUCUGCAGCAAAAGAAGUUACAGAGAUUAAAAUAAAUAUACAGUCAUUAUCAUAUUCCAUACUAAAUAUAUAAAAAAGAACCAAUUUGU